AUGGAGAUGAUGAAGUUGAAGCCGUCAUUUGCUAGGAAGCUAAACCAACAAUAUUUGAGCCCACUUCACCUUGCAGUUAGAAAAGAGCAUAGAAGGAUGGUUCUACGUUUCUUGGAAAUUGACAAAAAUCUAAUUCGUGUCAAAGGAAAGAAUGGUAACACACCUUUGCACAUCAUAAGUGAAGUUGGAAACCGUAAUGGUCUGUUGGAUAGAUUUCUUGAGAUUUGUCCUCAAUCUAUUCGAGAAGUUACAAUUGAGAAUCGUAAUGCUUUGCAUAUUGCUGUGGAAAACGACAGACUGGAUGUUCUUCAAGCUGGCUGGAUGGCAUUGGAUAUUGCAGAACGGUAUGGUAAUAAAGACAGUAUUACUGUUCUGCGUGGUUGCUUUAUUCCAGGAGUUUCAAACUUUAACUGUAAGUUGGAGAAACAAAUUGUCAAGUAUGUGACAAAAGCAUCAUCUCCAAUUUUUCACGGUAUGGUUAAUAUAUCAGGCGAGGAUCGCAAUGCCUUGCUAGUAAUUUUAGGUUUGCUUCUAACUGUUACCUACCAAGCCAGUCUUAGCCCCCCCCCUGGUGGUGUUUGGCAGGUAGAUAAUACUUCAAAGUCUAAAGGGUCAGAUGAUUCAACGAUAAUAGGGAGAUCAGUCAUGGAUCAAUCUAGUUUUCUUCAUUUCUAUAUUCCAAUCUAUAUAGUCUUCUUAGUAACCUUUUUCCUAAUACUUGCCUUGCUUAAACCAUUUCCCCAUGGUUUUAGGACUGCACUUCAACUGCUACUUGCGUUUCUUGCAAUGUGCUUAAACCACGAUGUUGUAUCCUAA